AUGGCCGCUGAUAAGUUCGGAGAACUGCAUAUGGACAAGCCGGUAGAUUUCAAAAAAUGUCGCAUUUUUUAUAUGUUUGGAAAUAAACACCCCUUGGUUGAGCCCUUAGGGGACGUUAUGAAGGAAACAUUGCUAAAGGCUGUGUCUCACUUCGAGAACACAUUCGACUUAGAAGGAGUAGGCCUCGAUUUGCCGCUCACAGUGUAUCAUCCCGAUUUCUACUCAGCAAGUUCAGAAGGGAACUUACCGUUGUCUAAAAAAGCGCUCAGUCUGCAUGGUGAUGCCGGCACCUUGAGCGCCUGUAAAGAGCUACCAAAUAUAAUCACCGGCAAAUCCCAUCACACUCUGGCUGUCCUCCUCGUUAUAUUCAUGGAAUCGCUCAAGAAGGGUGACAAGGAAUCCAAUGAAAAGUUCAUACGGAUACGUGAUCGACUUAAGCGUCAGAUUGUCGAAACGCUUGGAGAUAAUGGACUCCUCUUCGUUCCCUCGUAA